AUGGUCGACACAGGCGCCCAGGUGAGCACCCUGCCACCAGCCAGCGUGCCUGCCAACUCCAGCCUGGAACCAGCCAUCGGACCCAGCCUCAAGGCAGCAAACGGCUCAUCCAUCGCUGUCCAUGGACAGGUGCGGAUCCCGCUGGAGCUGGGGGGCUGCCAGUUCCCCUGGACGUUCCUGGUUGCUGACACCACCACGGCCAUACUGGGAGCAGAUUUUCUGCGCCAUCACCAGCUGUCCAUCGACAUGGCAGCUGGCACCCUGAGCCUGCCGUCUGGGGUUGUGGUAGCGACAGCUGCUUCUACUCACCCUGACACUCCAGCAGGCAUCCGAGGACUGCAGCUCACAACAACUCUGGAAUACCUCUGGAGUGAGUUCCCUGAUGUGACCACACCCCCUGCUGGACCAGCCAAGGUGGUCCACAACACCACCCACCACAUCGAGACCACUGGACCGCCUCAGGUGUCUAGGCCCCGCAGACUGGCCCCGGACAAGCUGAAGGCAGCCAAAGGAGAGAUGGCCAUGCUCCUGGACAGCGGCACGUUCAGACCGUCAAAGUCCAGCUGGGCAUCACCAAUCCACCUGGAGCCGAAGGGACAGCCUUGA